AGGACCUUUCACUUUGACUUUGUUUAUCCUUCCCACGCAACACAAGAGCAAGUUUAUGAAUCUAGUAUUCCUCCUUUGUUGACUAGCUUUAUUGAAGGAAAGAACGUAACUGUCUUGGCUUAUGGACAAACAGGUUCUGGAAAAACCUAUAGCAUGGGGACCGGGUCAGAACCUUAUCUAAAUUCAGACAAUCAAGGUAUCAUCCAUCGCUUUGCUCACUCACUCUUUGGAAUGAUGAAGCAGCAGACAGAGGAUUACAAUUAUCAAGUCUAUCUUUCCUACCUUGAAUUAUACAAUGAAGAGAUUAAUGAUCUAUUAGCUACAAAAAAUGAUACCGAACAGCACCCAUCUAUAAGAGAAAACACACAGGGAAGGAUUUACUGGGCAAAUGUUAAAGAGGAAAAUGUACAAACAGCUGAAGAGUUAUUAAGGUGCCUAAAGAGGGGCUCUCUGCAUAGAACUACAGGAACGACUGAAUUAAACGCCUCUUCUUCUCGUUCUCAUGCCAUCUUUUCUGUCAUACUAAAGCAACAAUUUCUUAAGGAUGAAGAGGCUUUGAAAGAAGUAGUAGAUGAUAGUGAAUCAAUUAAACGUCUUGUUUCAAAGUUUCAUUUUGUGGACCUGGCAGGUUCAGAAAGACUCAAAAAAACAAACGCUUUAGGCGAUCGACAAAAAGAGGGUAUAUCAAUCAACUCUGGAUUAUUAGCUUUGGGGAACGUUAUUUCAGCUUUGGCCGAGAGAAGAAUAUCUACUUCUUCCUCCAUCGUACCACAACCACAUAUACCCUAUAGGGAUAGCAAGUUAACUCGAUUAUUACAGGAUAGUUUAGGAGGGAAUAGCAAUACACUUAUGUUAGCUUGCGUCAGUUCUUCAGAAUCAGAUUACGCAGAAACGCUCAAUACGUUAAAAUACGCCAACCGAGCACGCAAUAUUCAAAACAGAGUCGAGAUAAACCACGAG